AUGGGGAGUCUCACAGUGAUUAGUGUUGACAGGAGGCCCUUGGCUAGAUAUGUUCAGAGGGGUGAAGCAAAAGAGGCUAGACUUGAUUCAAAGGGUGUUUUAAGGAUUGAGUGUCGGAUUUGUGUCCCCAAGGAGAAGAAGGAGAAGUUUGGUGAACGAAUAGUAGCUCUCCAACAGCUGGUCUCACCAUAUGGCAAGACAGAUACGGCUUCUGUUCUCCUUGAAGCAAUGGGAUACAUAAAAUUCCUCCAUAAACAAGUGAAGGUGUUGAGUGCACCAUACCUUGGAAGUAUUCCAAUGUCGAAGACACAGGAAUCACAACCUUACAAUUUGAGAAGCCAAGGCUUAUGUCUUGUACCAGUAUCAUAUACUGUUGGAGUGGCAAGCAGCAAUGGUGCUGAUAUUUGGGCUCCUAUUAAGACCUCACAAAAGUUCUAGAGAACGACGUGUGAUUCAACCAUCACUUACAUCCAUAGUAAGGUCUUGGAUUGACAAUAACACAACCAGCGUUUCAAAAAAAAAAGCAGACGAAAGGAUGCAUUUUCAACAUGGAGAUGCAGGUAUGUGAUGAUUCUCCUGGCAGGGUCCACUUGAUUUUUUGUGGUUCAAACGUCUUAAGGCGAAUCUAGAGCUUGUUGUUCUGAUAAAUACUAGUAGUCAGAUCUAAUUUGAGGGCUAAUAUAAGGAUAGCCUGAGCUGUCUCCCUUAUUAACAGAAAUGUAUAUUGAAGAAAGAAAAGUUUAGUGUUCUUAGCUGCAAAUGUAUCAAGGAUGGACUUGUUUUAUAUGAGAAGCAAUGGAAGCUCUUGAAUAACUUAGUCACUGCCCUUUUUUAAAAAAAAUCAUGUUCAAUCUCUUUUGAAAAUUGUUUUUGCUCCUC